AUGGAUUAUAAUAAUUUCUCUAUGACGUUCUCAUUUCCCUUUUCUUUAAAUUUCAAAUUUUCGAAAUUAAUAAAAUAUUUAAUAGUUAUAACAAUUUUCAAUACUCUGGCUUCACCAAUCCUUUUAACCUUAUAUUUACACUUUGUUUAGAUUAUAGAAAGCUCCCUAUCGGGAUCCAAAGAAUCUUAUUCCUUUUCAUAACGCUCCACUCGUCUGCUUCGCAGGCAAUCAUCUCACGACCUUCAAAGUCUUGCUCCUAUCAGGUAUGGGUUUGCACAUGCUCACUGGUUGUCAUAAAUUUUGGGUCACCAUGCCGUAGGUCAAUGGGGUUAAGCUUUAGAAAAUUACAAAACUAUUUUUUUGGUCAACUAUUGGCCAAGAUGAAAAUUCGUCGUUCAGGGCGUAACACCUGGUAUCGCGCUGGAGAACGUUUCUAAUCGACCAGAAAGAACCUUACUGGCAUUGCUGGGACAUCCUUUCAUGCUCCGAACUCCAUCUACCUCCGAGAUAAAACCUUGACCUGGAUGUGAACUUGCAGUCUGCCAGAUAAGACAUUGCGCUCACCAAACCAAUUAAAACCUUCCAAAUACACAUACCGAACGCCAAAACUCCCUUCCACAAUGUCCCUGGGUCUUUCCAGCUACAGGCGCUAGGAGGCUGGGUUGGUCCGCCACGUCAUUUUUAUCUAUAUUCAAUCCUUUUAACCAAAAAAGCUGUCCGCUCUAUCAACUCAGGCAUAUCAUGUAAUGACCUUGAUCUAACAGUGCAGAUCAUUGACAUCAAAUUCCUCGACGGAAAUCGCUAUUAUCGCCUUGUUAUAUCUGAUGGCGAUGAUUAUGCUCCAUGCUUGGCUGGAGCCUCAAUCCAGCAUAAUUUUUCAUCAGGCGAAAUUAUCCAAGAUCAAGUCAUCAAAAUUAAAGAAUUUUCAUUUAAAAACAUAUUGGGCCAUCCUAUUCUGGUUAUAGAAGACUUAGAGCCUGAUAUUAUUGCCAAUUCAAUUAUAGGAAAUCCUGCUAAGUUUCAGUUCAGUUUUGAAAAAAAUAUAAACUAA